AUGUGCAAAAGCAGCAAUCUGCAUGGAGGAGCAGGAAUUGUCGGGCGGGCCUUGAACACUCGCCAAAUGACCGGCUGCCACGAAUGUUGUUCGACUCACGAAUGCAAUGGAAGACUUUGUGCACACGAAAAACCGACCGCAUGCAUUGACUCGGUGACUGUGGACUGCGCACUUCUAAAUUCACUGUUGAACCUAUGCUCGGAUGUGGAUCAUGCGAAGACGAUAUGCUCAAAAUAUUGUGGACUUUGCAACCUUGUGGACGGGGGCUGGGCUGACUGGUCUUCCUGGACUCAGUGUGACGUCACGUGCGAACAUGGGAGACAACUGCGUACACGCACCUGUACAAACCCAGAACCGAGAGAUGGCGGUGCAGAUUGUGUAGGUUCAGCUCAUGAGACAAAAGUCUGCGUCAGGGAACUAUGCCCCGUUCAUGGCGGGUGGAGCAUUUGGAAUAGUUGGGGUUCGUGUUCUGUGUCCUGCGAUGCAGGGCUUGCUACCCGUCGGAGGACUUGCAAUAACCCCAAACCGGCUAGAUUUGGUGACCACUGCUAUGGGAAUCCAUCUGAAUCAAGGAUAUGCAUGCAAAGACCGUGUGCUGACGGUGGUUGGUCACAAUGGUCGUCUUGGGGUGUAUGUGAGGGGAAACAACUUGCGCGAAACCGCAGCUGCAACAACCCAGUACCAUCCAUGUUCGGCAAGCAGUGUGCAGGAACAGAUAUACAAACAAAACCAUGCUCAGAUGGGAAGGUAUUCUUCAAUGUCCAUGGCCACAUUGUGUACCAGGCACAUUAUUUGGCCUAUCCUUCUGUUGUUGACAAUGUCGGGAAUGGUUAUCAUAGCAACAACGGCUCCUUUGUCGCGCCUGUUCACGGGCAGUACUUCUUUUCUGCUCAGAUUUGUUCAACCGAUGGACAAAGCUUAGAUGUCCAACUGAGACAUGUUCCUUUGUCUGGGUCUGAAAUAGCAAUAGCUGGCAACAGAGCGCAUGGAUCCGGGGACUAUGACUGUGCUCCUGCUUCUGCCCCCGUGCUUUUGCGUACCGGCGACCAAGUCAGAGUGUUCACGUCAGCGGAAACCACAGCCGCAAUAAUCGACAAUUCGACAUCAUUCUGGACAUCAUUCAGUGGUGUUUUAAUUGUGCAUAUAUAUAACUAA